UCGACCGCCCCGCCUUAGCUCCCGCGCUAGAGAGAAACAUGUAUCGUUUCCGAUCACAGCUCUUCACGGGGAUUUCUGCUGCCGCCACCGCCCACUCUUACCCCCGCCGCUUCUCGCCUCUGUUGUUAGCCGAAGACUCGCCUCUCAGCCGCCCGCCGCACAGACGCACUAGUAAAAAGUGCAGCUCCAUCGGCUGA